AGCGCCGCUGGGGGGAAGGAAAGCCCCGCGAGCGGCGCCGGCCGGAAGGGGAGGGGUGUUUGGCUUGGUUUCCUGGCGACACAGCUCGGCGGCCCGUUGCUUCUCUGGCUGUUUUCCUUUUAUCCUUCCUGCCGCGUGUGCGAGGCCGUCAUGUCUUGGUUGCUGUCAGCAGCUAAGCUGGUUCCCGCCGUAGCAACCGCCCGCUGCCUCUCAGGAUUCAUGUCAUGUUCUCAGCGAAGGUACUCCCUCCAGCCCAUCCCAGAGAGGAGAAUUCCAAACCGAUACUUAGGCCAGCCCAGCCCCUUCACACACCCACACCUCCUUAGGCCAGGAGAGGUGACGCCAGGACUAUCUCAAGUGGAAUAUGCACUUCGCAGACACAAACUAAUGUCUCUGAUUCACAAGGAAACACAAGGGCAGAGUGGGACAGACCAGACGGUGGUUCUGCUGUCCAACCCUACAUACUACAUGAGCAAUGAUAUCCCCUAUACUUUCCACCAAGACAACAAUUUCCUGUACCUGUGUGGAUUCCAAGAGCCCGAUAGCAUUCUGGUCCUUCAGAGCCUCCCUGGCAAGCAGUUACCAGCACAUAAGGCCAUGCUUUUUGUACCUCGGAGAGACCCUAGUCGAGAACUUUGGGAUGGCCCACGAUCUGGCACUGAUGGAGCAAUAGCUUUAACAGGAGUGGAUGAAGCCUAUACACUAGAAGAAUUUCAACAUCUAGUACCAAAAUUGAAAGAUGAGACAAAUAUGGUCUGGUAUGACUGGAUGAGGCCCUCUCACGCACAGCUUCACUCUGACUACAUGCAGCAUCUGACUGAGGUCAAAGCCAGGAGCAAGAAUAAGGUCCGGGCUGUCCAGCAGCUGGUACAGCGCCUCCGGCUGAUCAAAUCUCCUGCAGAAAUUGAGCGAAUGCAGAUUGCUGGGAAGCUGACAUCACAGCUUCGUGGUGAAAAUGUAGUGCCAACAGUUUAUUCAUCAGCAUUUGCGUGGGCUUUCAUAGAGACCAUGUUCGCCAGCAAAGCUCCUGUGGAGGAAGGCUUUCUCUAUGCUAAGUUCGAAUUUGAAUGCCGGGCCCGCGGUGCAGACAUCUUAGCCUACCCGCCUGUGGUCGCUGGAGGUAAUCGGUCCAACACUUUGCACUAUGUGAAGAAUAAUCAGCUCAUCAAGGAUGGGGAAAUGGUGCUGCUGGAUGGAGGUUGUGAGUCUUCUUGCUAUGUGAGUGACAUAACCCGGACCUGGCCUGUCAAUGGCAGAUUCACAGCACCUCAGGCAGAACUCUAUGAAGCGGUUCUAGAGAUUCAGAGAGAUUGUCUGACGCUCUGCUCCCCUGGGACAAGCUUGGAGAACAUCUACAGCUUAAUGCUGACACUGAUAGCCCAGAAGCUGAAGGAGUUGGGGAUUGUGAAGAACAUUAAGGAAAAUAACGCCUUCAAGACUGCUCGAAAAUACUGCCCUCAUCACGUUGGCCAUUACCUCGGGAUGGAUGUCCACGACACCCCUGACAUGCCCCGUUCCCUCCCUCUACAGCCUGGUAUGGUAAUCACAGUAGAGCCAGGCAUUUAUAUUCCAGAGGAUGACAGAGAUGCCCCAGAGAAGUUUCGUGGUCUUGGUGUGCGGAUUGAAGAUGAUGUAGUGGUGACUCAGGACUCACCUCUCAUCCUUUCUGCAGAUUGUCCCAAAGAAAUGAAUGACAUAGAACAGAUAUGCAGCAGGGCCUCUUGACCCUCACUGCAGCCCACGUGCAGCUCAGGUUCAAACGGGGUGUUUGUUCGCAUCUGUGCGCGUGUCCUGAGUGUGUGUGUCUCUGUGUGCACAUUUAUACACGUGUUCUGUUUGGGAGUGUGGCAACUGUAUGAAUGUAUGUAAUUGUGUGUGAUCUUUCUUUGUUGUAAGUAUCUAGAAAUCUGGAAAAUUGAAUUUUUGAACUGGAUGUUACUACAACUUCAGUAACAUUAACUCUGUACAGUUAAUGACCAAGGCAGUUUGAAUUUUUAAAUGUAAAGAAAAAUCGUGGUUACAUAUCUCCAUGCAUUCCAGUUAACACAAUUAAAUAUACAAAAACUUUUCUCCUUCUCUCCAGGUCUUUCCCUUUCUGCACUUUGGCUAAGAUCUACCUAAUGUCAUAAGAUGUUUAUGAUGCUUGUAUUUUGAGCUAACCACCAGUGUCUCUGCCUAUACUAAAAACCACCUGUCAGUGAUUGUGGGUGGCUAGUACAUACCUUCCAUAACUCCUGUCCAUUUUUUCCAGAUCCUACGUCUCUACUGGAGCCAUAUGAGCCCUUGUGGGCACUGGUGUCCUGCAGUCCCACCAUUCAGCUCUAAUCCAGAUUCUAGCAACACUAACUAUUAAAACAGUUUUGAGUUUUUCUUGCUAUUUGGCUGCCUAUGGCCUGGAAAAUGUUUAGACUCUUGAUAAGGGAAGAGAUGGAAGAGAAAGAAAAACAUAUUUGUGUCUUCUGUAGAUCUAGACCUCUGUCCAUCUGUUCUCAGGCUGAAGAUGAUUCCUAUCCCAGGCAUCCAUGCUUUCUUGAUAGAUUCUUAGUCCACUGACCCUUAUGGCACACCCUAGAAGCUGCCGCCCCAGGGAAGAGGUAGAUCCUCUCCUUAACCCUCUUGAAGUCGGAGGAAUGGCACCCACGUUUCAGAGAGAUGCUCCUGUUACAAUUCUGUAGUUUCCUCUAGUGCAAAAUGCGGAACUCACCAAGAGUUCACCAAGAACAUCCUGUGAUCCUUUCAUUUCUCUAAUAUUAGCCCUUUAAGGGCAGUAGGAAGGAAUCAUAUUUCCCUCGACACGGCACUGCCUGCAGUCAUACAAGAACUCAGUUUGCAGAAUGAAUAGGGCUAGAUUGUCACAGGUGGUUUAUUUGGGAGCUUCUGUCCUAGAACUAGUGUGUUCACCUCCUUUAAACCUGGAUAUGGCCCAAGAUGUACAGAACCUGCUGGUCGUUAGAGCGUAAAGUCAAGGGAUUUUAAGAAAGAAACAGGCGAGGGGAUUAACACUUGGUGUUAGAUAUUUGCCCGUCUUACCAGGAAAACCCAAGGUACACAGCCAAAAGCAGACACACGGCAUCAUCAGGGGACAAAGAUCAUGUUAUAAAUCAGUGAUACACACGGUGUCCUGCCAGUGCUCACCCUCGAAUGCUUGGCUCUGCUAAGCAGCUGUGGGAACGGAUGGCCACACAGCCGGAGUCUCGUCCCCGGGCCUGUCCUCCCCACCUCCCUCCAACUUCUCAGCCCUAUGCUACUUUCUAAAAGAAGGGGACUGAAAAUAUAUCCACAACUUCUCACCCUCUGGGCUUCUGUGGCCCCAACAACCCUUUCCUUGGAUUGAGUUUCCUUUGUUCAUUUACAAUACUGAAAUAAGGAAUUUCCUUUUCUGGCUAUAAAUCGUUUUCAGCAGUCUUCAACUUUCUAAGUAAAAGCCCAGUGACUUUUAUGUAUAGCGUCAUACCUGGACAUGAAACAGACUUCUGGUUAGAACCUAGUCAAGUUCUGCAGCUGUCACGAGCCACAGAAUGGCGGUCGCAGAAUUCUUCUGGUGAUUUUUAGUCCCUGGCCCAAGUAUAUUGUCCUUUGAGUCCCAGAUUAACUUCAGUAGCUAAGCAUCGGAUCAGACUAUCAGCACCAUCAAGAGCUGGCCUAGUGUUUCUGGGCCGCCUGAUAUAUUCGGGAUUUGUUAAGCAGAUAGUGGUGCACAGUGCAAGAAUCUCACGCGUUCUUAGCCACACCACAGACAUGCCCCACAUUUCCUCCAUGUCGAAGUCUCAUACACCAACCUCUCCGAAUGAAAACCUUAAUUCUCAGAAAUCCUUCAAAUGUUACACUAGGAUCUUUCUCCCUCAGUUGAAGAGAGAUGGUUGGGUCAUUGAUGAUGCAUGCCAUCUAAAUGAAGGAAGCACUUCCAGAUAGGCUCUGCCACAUCCGUUUGUGUGUUGGUCUCAGGAAUUGCUGUUUUUCUUCAUACUCAACAAACAGACUGUUUAUUUAAAACACAGGAGUAGAAAUACUGGAGUAGAAACCCUCCUCUUCCCAUAGUCCUCAUAUCCAAAUUAGGAAGGUACUCCUCAUGAGAUGACUUAAAGUUCUCUCUGUGUCUUCUUUUAAAACUUGGUUAUUUUUUCACUAAGCUUUGUAACAAGGUCAGAAAGGGAAAAAUCCUACCAUAGACAUUAUAUCUUAAUUUGAGAUAAAGAUUCAUAAAAUAAGAAAACCCAAGAUAAAGACAUUGUAACUCAUUAAAAUAGGAAAAUUGAGCUGUUAUAUUUUUCAAAGCUUAGAUAACCAACACCCUCCUUUAGCUUUCUUGAUAAUACAAAGAUUACAGAUCUGAUGCAGGAGUGCUGGCUCCCCUUCCCCCAUGUCUGUGUGAGAGAUCACAAGUAAGGCAUGGGGACUGCCCACCAGGUCAGCAGUGACCUCAGAGUCCUUUGGAACACUGUGUUUCCAAUAACCGCUACCAAUAAAACAAAGUUGGGAUCUGAGUCAGAACCUAUCUGCCACCCCUCAGUUGGCAUAUGAUCAACAAUAAUGUAGUGUGUGUGUGUGUGUGUGUGUGUGUGUGUGUGAGUGUUAGAAAAUAAGUGAGGACCCAGGCUGGUGGAAGCAUAAAGGACCCUCUUGGAAGAGGUUUUUAUGAUGUUAAUUUUUUUUUUUUUUUUUUUAAUUUUAGUUUCCUGAGGUGGGAAUCUGUCACCUAAAACUUAAGCUGAUAGGGUUACAUUUUAAGCCUGGGAAAAUAUACUUCAAGCUGAAGUGUUUAAUGUUCCUAAUGAGAAAGUGAAUGCAUCAUUAAUGCUAAUGUUUAAUGAGAGCAGAAUUCCGUUGUCACAAAGCAUGUGGGUCCUCCUGACUGUUCUUAACCUCUGCCUAAGUGUCACUGAGGAACUUGGCGUGAGCAUCAGUAUUGCUCAGAUCAGGGGUCCCCACUGAAAUCAAGGCCUUACAGGGUGUGCUCAAUGAGGAUCUGAGAGAGCUGCAGGCUUUGUUAGCAUUUCUUAAUGCUUUGUAUGACUUUUGUGCAAUUAUACAAGUUCAGUUUGAACAGAACGCUGUUACUUUUUAAGGCUCUAUCCACUGAAAAUAGGUAUGUCAUUUCCCAACAAGGGAAAAGCAUUUAUUACUAUCAUUUUAAAAAUAAACCAUAUAACAGUG